UGGCGGUGACGGAGGAACAGCGCUGAGUUCGCUCCGCUCAGUUUUCUCUCACUUCUUCUCCCUCCUUCUUAGUUCUUUUUGUUUUGACUGCAUAAGUAAAACACAAAACGUAGCGAUACAAAAAAGCGACACCGCCGAUUUGACCUAAUACCUUUCUCCACACCCCUCCCGUCUCCUGAGUCGAGACCGAGAUGGGGAACGAAGCGAGCAUGGAGGGCGGCGGGCAGCCCGGGGAGCCGGGAUCCGCUGGGAUGAUGGGGUCGAUGAUGCCUGGAGGACCCUCGCAGGGACCAGGACAGCACAUGAAGCCGGUCAACGGAGCAGCUGCCGGUGGAGGAAUGGGAAUGGGAGGCCCCGGGAUGGGAAUGACAAGGGGUCCAAUGGGUUCAAUGGGUAGUCCCAAGCCUGGCAUGCAACAAGGAGGCCAUGGAGGAAGAGGAAUGGGAGGAGGAGGGAUGGGUGGAAUGGGAGGAGGUGGGAUGGGAGGAAUGGGAGGAGGAGGAAUGGGUGGAAUGGGAGGAGGUGGGAUGGGAGGAAUGGGAGGAGGCGGGAUGGGGGGAAUGGGAGGAGGAUGGGAGGAAUGGGAGGAUUAG